CUCGUUUGAAGAAUGUUUAGGAUAAUCAUUUCGAUCUGGUCUACAUAAAACAAUCAUAUUUUAGUUUAGAGCAGCCUAAAUUUUGCUUGCAUGGUAGUGAGCGCAGAGUGGACAUUUAGAUCGUGCGAAACGGCAACAUCAUAAAGAUGGCGCUCUUGAAGAGCUGCUUUCUGGUGCUGGCCUUGCUUGGAUUCUAUGCUUCAGCUCAACAAUCAUACAAGUGUGACUUUGAACAAAACAUUUGUUCCUUUCUGUCAAAUGAUCGGAGAAACUACGAAAACUGGAAAAUAGGAAGAGGAAAGUUGAACUCUGCUGAUACAGGACCUUCUGUGGACCACACUCUUGGGACAGACCUAGGUGGCUACUUGUUUGUAAACGUAAGCGCAGCCAAGACAUAUGAUGUCAAACUUCAAACAAUAGCUCUGAGAGGUGAUUACUGCGUGCGCUUCUUCUAUCACAUGUAUGGCGCAGACAUAGGUAGUCUGACUGUUUACAUUCAGAGUACAAGUACAUGGUACUCUAACACUAAGGAGUAUUUCUUUCGCAGCAAGACCCAAGGCGAUCGCUGGAAAGAAGCUCUUUUUACCGCCAGAUAUGAAGGGGCAAUGGAUACAGGAUACAAGGUCAUAUUCAAAGCAAAGCACGCAUCUUCAACGAAAAUCAGAGGGGAUAUAGCUUUGGACGACGUGGAACUGACGCCAGGAAAAUGUGCAGAUACAAAACGGGAGGCUGAAAAACUUUGCAGCUUCGAUGAUUAUAACUGUGGUUAUACCUCUUCGAGGAAAACUUGGGGGUCCAUGAACUGGGAAUGGAAAGCUGAAGGACGGAGGACGAGCUCAUUGAACGUUUUACCAAACGCCGACCAUACAUUAGGAACAUCAUCGGGAGGUUACUGGUUUAUUGGAGUAAGUGGAUCAUCGUGGAGCACUAACUUCCAGUCCGGAUUACAAACAUCUACGCUUACCAGUCCAAAUUACAAAAUGCCACAGACACCGUUUAACUGUUUACAUUUUUACUUUUAUAUGGAUGGAGAUAGAGCUGGUUUCUACUGGCAAAAGGUGGAUGAACUUUACCUUCAAGCUCAAAUUACCUAUUCUUCCUCUUCAAGCACAAUAUUAGUGACAAAAGCGAAGAACACUACGAGACACAGAGUAUGGACGUACGCGGAAGCCAAGGCAGAGAUAUCAAAAAAUUACUGGAUUGCAUUUACUGCCGGUAUAAAGAGCAACCUCCCAGCACUCGUUGCAGUAGACGAUAUCAAACUAUUUCCAGGAAGUUGCCCUGAAGCAGGUUCUUGUGAUUUCGAAGAGGGUAAGUGCACUUGGGUUGAUGGUGACGGCAAUUACACUUGGAUUAGGAAAAGAGGUAACUCUAAGGCAAACAGGGAGACAGGUCCAAGCAUCGAUAACACACUAGGAACUGGAAACGGAAACUACGUUGUCGUCAGUACAAAUGACAAAACACCAGGUGGAACAGCUGACCUCGAAAGCGAGGUCUUUCCUCCAGGAGGUAAAGAUUUGUGCCUCAGCUUCUACUAUUACCUAAAAGGACAGAAUGUCGGAAAGUUGGCAGUGGUCCGAAAAGAAGGAAACAUGUCCGAGUCAGUAAUAUGGCUACUGAAGACUCCAAUGGGAAAUCGCUGGAACAAGGCUGCUGUGUCUUUAAAACCAAGCGCUUUGAACAAUCAGGUUGUUUUCCGAGCUAUAAUUGGAACAGAAAAAGACGGCUUUUUUGCUGUUGAUGACAUUCGAAUAAGAGCUGGCGAAAAAUGCGACCUAACACCACCUGCAGCUGAUCCCCGAUAUGAAGCUUUGGAGCUUAUGACUUGCAAUUUUGAUGACAUAAACUUAUGCAGUUGGAAACAAGAUCCUACAACUCUUGAAUGGAAAUUUGGAAAUGGCUCAUUGCUCGACAGUACUGGACCGCAAGAGCCACUGAACGGGAAAGGGCACUACAUUUUCGUCAGUUCUUACGAAGGCAACCAAUCGAAUUAUGAGCGUAUUGCCAGGAUACAGUCUCCAGUGAUGAACUCGUUCGCGCCCGAAGUAGCCUGCUUCUCUUUUUAUUACCACAUGUUUGGGGUUGAUGUCGGAGAACUGAGGGUUAUUGUGGUGGCCAUGAAAGACCAGAACACGCCCUUAGGAAAGCAAGUGAUAUGGAGACGAAAAGGUACACAACCGGACAAAUGGUUACGAUUCAGAGAUACUCUCGCAGGAGAUAUUAGAAUUGAAAUCGAAGCAGAAGGAGGCAGUGGAUUCGUAGGAUCUAUUGCCAUAGAUGAUAUUGUUAUGUCUCUUGGUGCAUGUUCAAAAACAGGUGUAUGCGAUUUUGAGAGCAAUUUUUGCGGCUGGAAUGUGGAGCCAAACAAAAAGGGUGAUUUCUAUUGGAAAAGAGGAGCAAGUCUUGUGAAAGGACCAAAGAGAGACCAUACCACAAGGACUGAAGCAGGUCACUAUCUGCUAGCCUAUUCCAAAGGAGCUGCAGCCGGAGAAGAGACGAGUUUGACUAGUCCCAAAUUCAGUAAAAACUGGGGACCCCACUGCGUUACAUUUUGGUAUUAUAGACCGGGUUUAGGAGUUGGAAAAAUCACCGUCAAUUUCCGUAAACGCGGAAAAGACACAGUCGAGUGGUCUGCCGAUAGUGAUGUUGGAAAGUUUUGGCAUUAUGGACAAGUAAAUGUUGAUACACCUGAAUCUGUUCGGAUAGUAUUUAAGGCACAGAAAGGGCAAAACGAUUACCAUCAGAUGGCAAUUGAUGACCUUUGGAUAAAGAACAGCGGAUGCGAUGAACCAGGAUCUUGCAGUUUUAACAACGACUAUUGUAGCUAUUCUCAGAAUGAAACCUCUGAUUUUGCGUGGUUACUAGGCACAGGACGCGUCGUUAACACUCAGUUAGUGGAUAGUCCUCCAGAAGAUAACAGCGUUGAAAAUGGCAUGUACGUUUACGCCGAUAUGACGUCGCAAAAUCUGAAAGAAAAUCAAGCCGCCGUAUUGGUCAGUGAACUUCUGGAAGAAUCUCCUGAAAGAAAGAGAUGCCUCAAAUUUGCCUAUCACAUAAAUGGCGCAGAUAAAUCUACACUUUCUGUCGGCCAAAUGAUAUUAGAGAAUAUCGAUAAAGAAGUGACGUACAGACAAGUUCAGUUCUUCAACCUGUACAAGACUACAGGCAAAGGCUGGGCAAAAGCACAAUUAAAUAUUCCAGCCCCUAAAGGCCAAACUCAACAAAUAUAUUUCUCUGCCAUCAGAGGAAACGGUGCCAGAUCCUUUAUUGCCCUUGAUGAUAUCACUGUUGAAGAUGGAAUGUGCUCAGACCCCACAGUUGUUCCACCAACUACAGAGACGGAAAUGCCAGUGACUAGUUUGACCUGUGACUUUGAUAAAGGGACUUUUUGCUCCUGGAAAAAUGACAUGGCAGGAAGACAAUUUUCUUGGAAGAUCAAUACUCCUGGGCGAUACACAGCAAAAAUGCCAAAGUUUGAUCAUACGAAAGGGAACUAUAUAGGUCGGUAUGCAUAUUUACUGGGUGAUGGUAUUUCAAAUAGAAAGGCCACUAUUACAAGUGAAAAAGCCACCAUUCCAAAGGAUUGGAAUGGUAACUUCUGUUUCAGUUUCUGGUACUUCAUGAAUGUAGAGGGUCGAAACAGUCUCAGCGUCACAGCGGAGCAUGGGACAUGGUGGAGACUUAGCUUCGUUCCAUUUUGGACUAGGCAAGGCAAUUUUGGUUACCGUUGGAGACACGCCUUUGUACAUAUCAAGAGCAGUAUACCAAUACCUCAGGUGAGAAUAAUUGGAGAUGUAAAAACAGGCGUCAUAGCAUUGGACGAUUUUGCUGCUAAAGGAGGAUCUUGUCCUCCAUCCAAAAUUUGUACUUUCGACGGAGAUAACGACAUGUGUGGUUUUACUCAAGAUUCUGAGAACAUUUUAGACUGGGAAGUCAAAUCAGGAGAAGAUAAUACCACUAUGUAUAGGAUGCCAGACCAUACUACAGGAUCGAUUGAAGGUAGUUACUUGUACAUCGGUUUCAACGGCACCAGUCAAGUCAAAUCUCAGCGUUCCCGUAUCUACACGCCUAAGCGUCCUGCAUCGUCAACUGGAAGUUGCGUCACUUUCUACUAUCACAUCUACAAUGUAAGCAAGCUGUCCCUGAACGUAUACUUAGCAACUGACAAUGGGAUCUCAGAUCCACAAUGGACAGUAUCCAUUGGCCAAGGACUUCUAUGGCACGGAGCGCGAUUUUCUGCAUCCCCUAAGAUAGUAAAAUGGCAGGUCCUGUUCGAAGUAAAUGUCGGCAAUCGUGGUUACGGUCAAGUUGCAAUAGAUGACAUAUCCGUUGAAAAUGGAAACUGCCCAGAUCCAGGAUACUGUGAUUUUGAGAAAGAAAAUUGCCUUUGGGAAAACGUUCGACAACCUUUCGACGAGAAAAAUAUCCAGUUUUUAAGUGUUGCAAAUGCCGAUGUACCAACCGAUUUGCUGAAAAGUGAUUUUGAUUGGGUAAGACACAUUGGAAUAGACAGUUUUGGACCACCAAAAGAUCAUACACUUGGAUCCCCACAAGGUUUCUACUUGCUUCUGGACACAAGAGCCGUUUCAGCUGGCGAAAAAGCGGUGUAUGUCUCCGAACGCCUGCGUACUACUUCUGGCGUUUGCUUAAGUCUCUGGUAUGCUACGUCUAGUUACAAAAACGGAGCCUCGCUUCAAGUAUACAGCAGUGGGGACUUCACCACAGCAGACCAAAUCAAAAUGAUCAAUGAUACAACGAAUAACAAAUGGACUCGAUCACUAAUUACAGUAGCACUUUCUGUAACGUCGGAUGUAUCCUACAUGGACUUUUGGGUGGGUGUUUCGUGAAAUACAUGGAGUUUUACUCUUGUAUCGUAUUCAGUCCAUGGACUGAAUACGAUACAAGAGGGACAUCGGAUGUUACAUCGGUUGUAACAUAGCAUGUGCCCUACAUGGACUGUUGUGUGGCUGUUUCGUGAAAUACAUGGAGUUUCACUCCUAUAGAGUGUUCAGUCCAUAGACUGAAUACUCCUUAGGAUCACAAAGUUCAGAUCUAAGCUCGAGCUUUCAUGUGGCUCUCAAAUCAUCGUGUCAUUUCUUACAGUCCUGAGAGGGCAGCAAAUUGUAGCUCGUACUUACUAAAGCGCUAUCUGAUAAACUGAGCAAACAGUAUACAGCAAGAAAAAAAUGCGGUCAUCAUAGCAAGAGGAAAAUAAUCUUAAAUUAACACGCAAUUAAGGUAAUGUUUUAAUAACUAGGAAAGAGAUAAGAAAGAGAAGGUUAACUCUAGAAGGAAACAACAGUUAUAAAGCUGUUGCUAUGCAGUGUGGCUGUUUAAUAGCAAUGCACGGCAUGAUAUUUCGUUCGUGGGAUGAAAACCUACGUAGAAUUCGAUGAUAAAAUAUACCUUAAAAGGCCCACCAGAGGUCAAGCGGUAAAGUCCCUGAACACUGGUAGUUCGAUCCGAGGUUCGAAUCCCGCGAAAGGGCUAGCUGCAUGGGCGUUCUCGUGUUUUUCCCUAUGUCUAACGAGUAAAUGCCAGUUCCCUAUGCCAGUUUUCCGCGAAGUCUUCCGCGAAGGCAUCCCUCCCUUCUGUGUAAUGCUGUAGGACGUAACGCGUAAAUAAUAAUAAAAAUAUCCGAAGAAACUUAAAUCUGCAUAUUGUGAAAAAGAAGUGCUGUUAGUCCAAAGGCAGUUUAUAGUUAGUUUACAGGCGAUAUGAUACGGUUACACUUCAACUAAGCCGAAAAAAAAAAAAAAAAAAAAAAAAAAAAAAA